AUGAACAACCUCCCUGAUGAAAUCGUUCACAUUACUCAGGGCUUCGUCCCGCUCUCCCUCCUCCUCACACGACUCGCUCAGUCUACGCACAACAUGGUACAAGACAAGAUCGCCGAGCUAGCCAAGAUGCCACUUCCUGCUGCUGCCACGAAUGGGAAUACAAACUAUACGCAGAGCGCCCCAGAUGAUACGUCAAGCGAAAACCUCAGGAAGAAGGCGGCACUGCUACAUUUCACCCAGGACAUGCAUGCAAAAUGGGUUAAAGCUCUAGUUAUUGUGGAAUGGAGCAGGAAGGCUUCCAUGGUCAGCAAACUCAUCGAUCUCAAAUUCCAUCUCGAUCAACAACGAAUCCUUUACGAUACGGCCCUGGACAGCAUUAUCAAUGUGAAGCGGGACUUAACAUACGCUCGAAUGCCAAGCCCUGACCUGAAGACGGCGCUACAAGUUCUUUCCACUGGAACGGCGCCGUGGAUGCCAGACCUCCAAUACAUUGAACCGCCCCCCUUGACAACAGAGGAGCAGCUGAAGGGUAUUGGUGAUCUAGAUACGCUGCUGUCUCUACGAUUAAACCUUGACGACUUUGACAAAAUUCCGUAUCAGUUCCGAAACUACACGAUCGGGUCAGGCCGGGUUACUUUCAAGGUUGCCGGAGAAUUCGAAGUGGAUCUGACGAUUGCAGAUGAAGAUUUCGAGAAGCAGUUUUGGUUCAUUGACUUCAGAUUUGCCUUUCGACCUGCGGCAUUAUCACUUCCCGAGUCGUUACGAGCACCACUAGAGAACUGCGUAAACGAGGCACUAGCAAAGGAUGGAUUAACCGGUUGCUAUCAAUUUUUGCACGAAUACGUCUUGACCACCAAGAUAAAUGAGCUGAAGCGCCAAGCAUUGCAACUGAGCCGAACAUCAUGGACUGGCACACUGGCUGUGGAACCUCUAAACAGAGCUUUGUCCAUCCAGUAUUGGACAUCUCGCUCAACCGCUACUGGUCUGAAAAAUUGGAUCAUCGUAGCGAUAAACAGCGGGCGAAAGCAGGGAGGCAGAAUAGAUCCGAAGGCAUCGAGUUUCUUGGCAGCAAAAUGGUAUCGUGACGGCAAAGAGGUCAAAGACGUUGAGAUUGAGGUGAAUACCGAAAAUUUGUCUGCGGAGGCAUUGUUGAAAGACGUCGUUGGACGACACAUCGAGUACAUCCUGUCAAGUAUUCACUCCGGAAUGCUGGCAGCACCAAGGUUCAAGAACCGCGAAACCGGCGUCGUACUAAACAUAUCCAAAACCGAUCCGGUGGCAUCCUGCCUGAACCUGCAGGUAGGGUACGGUGGCACAGUGUCGCUACUGAUUGAGCCAACAAGCGGUGCCUUUGCGAUGAAGCCACAUUCAAAAUUCUCCAUUCAGCCGGAGCUACAGCUAAACAAUGGCAAAAACCCAACGGAAGACGGAGUCGCUUUCUUGGAGCACCUGCGAUGUGCAAUCAUUGAAGAUGAGCUGGGUAGGAUGGGAACUGCUAGAGGCUGGUCCGUUCGGAAGGCGCCCAUCAAUAUUGAUGAGUUGAAGUCAAUUACCAAAAUGCGGAGAUGGAGCCGCACAUUAUGGUUACAACACGGAGGAUGGGGCUCAGCCUGGUUUGUCGGUGUGAUUCUCAGCCUGGAAGGGGAUGAAUGGUGGCUGCUCGAGACAGAUCCCGCUCAAACGAAUGGCGCCUCCAAAUUUCAUACCAGACUUCCACUUAACAAGGGAGCACCUCACCUGUCAGGCACUUUUUGGGAUAAUCUGAAUCUAUUUGCGGGUGGCAUGAUCACUCAGUCAGUGGAUAUGAGAGAGCUCCAUCGACGUAAGGUCAAGUGCCAAUCGAACGGAAGCAUCGAUUUGUCACUACCGCAACAAGUCAGAAUGCCAUCCAUCGAAGUGGCACUGUCAGCUAUCUUCCCAACGAUGAUGCAGGAGUACACGGAUGAAAUAGCCUCACAGAAUCACAUCGCUUUUGGGCUGAAUGAAGACCCGCAGGUCCUUGCGUUGUUACGGUCAAAGGCGGGGGUCUCUUCCUCGACUAGAGAACCGUGGGCGGAAAAUAUGGUGGCAAUCAAUUUUAAGGGUGUUCACUCAGAGUCCAGACAUGAAGAAACGAGCGAAGGAGGCCACACGACUACUCAUAGCCUCGUUUGCACCUCGGAUGUAGUGAUCAGAGUUCGACGGCCAACGAGAUUCUUGGCUCUGAAGGGCAUGGUGGAUCGGGAUGUUUCCUACAAUCCCCAGAGAGGCGAAUUCAUCUUACAAGUCCAACGUCGCGUCACUGAGCCAGUAUUCGACAUUCUCAAGUCGCGAAUCAAGGCCAUUGACAGAUUCGUCAACUUUCUCGAAGCUAUGGAGAGGGCUAAGGGGCUGAUCAUUAGCGAAUCGAUCACAUUGAAAGGAGUUGUGUUUUGCUAUAGCUCGCCUCUACCCGCGCCGUCGAAUGAGGAAACUGUCGCUCCUCCUCCAGCCCGCGAACUCUGGAGAGUAAAAAUGGAUCUAUCCAGCGAGGACAUCGAUAUUCAUAUGGAGAAGGAUAACCCCCAUGUCCGGGUUAUCGAUCUCGCAAGGAACUUGGCGAGCACGGAAGGUGGUAUCGGUUUGCUGAUGGCCUGGCUUCCCAUGUCAUUACACGCAAUGAAGGCUCUUGUCCAACUGGAUGUCCAAUGGACUGAGCUGUUCAAGAAGGGACAGGGCCAGCUGGACUUUAGCAUGAAGUCCAUGACAUGGAUAAACCUCAAGUACAAGAACCUUGCGACCAGUCAAGCUGGAGAAAAGACGAAGCGGAACAUUUCCAUAGAUGUCCGAAUGAAGGCCCGCCGUGGCGAAGGGUGGUGGCACGCUUGGCGGUCUACCACCAACGCGGUGGCCGACGAUUUUGACCAGGCUUUGAAAGCUGUGUGGGAGGGCAAAGGGAACAACUGGCUCGGUCUUACCACUGGCGCAGCAGCUCAGUCCAAUGAGGCUGUCAUGGAUAUGCUGUGUGCGAUUGAUGGUGCGAUUCGAGGAGUUAUACAUGCAUCACCAUCUAUAUCAUCAGGUGGUGUGAAAGGAGAGGUGAUUACAUUAGACUAA